AAGAGAAUUUUUUAUUUUUGUAUGCUUUCAAUUGGCAAAGUGGAUAAAAAUAAGGAGAUUUAAUACUGUAACUGGGUAAUUUCAAUCCUCAAGAUUUUUUUUUAAUGACGCUAAUUUAGCUAUUGAUGGGUGAAGAUUGAUAAUAUACAUGGUCAAAUAAUUCCUUAUCCUUUGCCAUUAUUCAAUCAGCAGUUCGUUCACUAAGUAUUAGGCCCCUGUCACAUUCCUGAAGCUGGGCAUACAACCCAAACCAAAAGCAAAGCUGGGGCAUGCUCUCAAGAAUUUUACAUUCCAGAUCCUCAGUACAGUAGUGCUUGGCAUUCGGAGUACCCGUUCUAUUUCAUCAACAUUUCCCAGAAGGACAGGACUAAAUAAGGGCUGCAUGAGCAACAGGCCUGAAACUUCUCAACGCUUGUUGCACCUCUAACCCAAAGAUUUAUGGUUGCCUUGCCGUCAUUGGCUGUGUUGUCGUACACAAGUUACUUAGCACCCACGUUCCCCUGCCAGUGAAAAUGACCACUAGAGGUUUUUGGUUUUUUCUUUGUUUGUUUGUUUUUGUUUUGUUUUGUUUUGUUUUGUUUUGUUAUUUCCUGCUAACGGGAGGAUGUUGUUGAUUAUGUAGCAUUUAGUGUGGCUGCUGUCCUCCUCUGGUUACAACCAAAACACCCUGACCCAAUAGAAUCAACUAUGGAACUUUAAAACAUCCCACAGUCCUGACUGCACACACUCAAAUCUUAAAAUUUGAGUCUGGAAUGCAGAGUUCAGGGACUUUCUGCUUGGUGGUUCAAACGUGCAGACAGGGAUGGGCAUCAACCUUACAGUCUGGAUUCUAGACUUUCCCUAACCAUUUGUCUUUCCAUUUGGUAGAAUCAAGGUGCCAUCUGUGGAUAACGAAAUUCUUAUGACCGAGGUGCACAUUGAACUGUACCUUGAACUUGUACUUAUUUAGAAUGGGGCCUGUGACUUUGUUGUGCAUAGCUGCCCGUGUGUGACUGUCAAUGUGUAAGGACUGUUACCACAGACUCAGUUCGGCCUGCCCGGAGGGAUAGAGGGAAGAGCAGGAAGAGCGCUGCCUUGGGGCGCUGGGAUCGGGCUGGGAAGACAGGCUUGUUGGCUCCCUCUGUGAUCAGCACCCGAGGCCACCUUCCCUGAGUCCGCUCGGCGCCGUUCCUCGCUCAGUCCGAUCGGUGAUCUCCGCCCAGGUCCGGUGUUGGCGUUUCGCUCUUAGUUCCCAUCUGCACCUUGGGGUUCUGCGCUCUGCUCGCCAUGGAGUCCGGGCCGUGCAGCAGGCCCGCUGAGCCUCGGCAUUGCGUGAGCGGCCGGGCGGGCGCGGGUUUAGCGUUCCCGGCGUUCCCAUUGUCCGCUGCCGGGGCGGAGCCCGGGAGCCGCAUUGGAACUGUAGCCGCUGUGCUGCCGGCUGGGGGCUGCGGAGAAAGGAUGGGCGUCCGCACCCCGAAGCAGUUCUGCCGGGUCCUGGAGAGGCCGCUCAUCAGCUACACACUGCAGGCUAUGGAGAGAGUAUGCUGGAUAAAGGACAUUGUUGUGACAGUGACAGGGGAGAACAUGGAAGCGAUGAGAAGCAUCAUUCAGAGGUAUGGGCAUAAGCGCAUCUCACUAGCUGAGGCCGGAGCCACGCGCCACAGAUCAAUUUUCAAUGGACUGAAAGCCCUGGCAGAAGAUCAGCCAGGCUGUGAACUCACUAGACCAGAAGUUGUGAUUAUCCACGAUGCCGUGAGACCUUUUGUUGAGGAAGAUAUCCUCCUGAGAGUUGUCCUAGCAGCUAAGGAGCAUGGGGCAGCAGGAGCAAUUCGACCUCUGGUGUCCACUGUCGUCAGUCCGUCUGCUGAUGGUCACUUAGACCACUCACUGGACCGUGCCAAGCACAGGGCAAGCGAAAUGCCCCAGGCUUUUCACUUUGAUGUGAUCUAUGAAGCGUAUCAGAAGAUCAUCUGGAAAACAAGACUACCCUUUGGGAAUUUUUAAUGAUAUAGUAAGAAGUUGCCAAAGGAAAAGGUAUCUAAAGAAAAUAGCAAGAAUCAACGAAAAGGAAUAAAUUUUGUAGUUAGUAGCAUGAACUAAGACCCAGAGUGGACCCUGAAAUUUCUACUAAUUUUUCAAAUAUGUCAUUGUAUCCUUAUAGUUUUAAAGCAAACAAUAGCGUAUUAUACAGAAACGUUUUCCAAUUGCACAAGACUAUCUUUUGAGAAAGCUGAUGUGGUGGUCACAGAUCACAUCCCAGGCUUCACUGUGAGGAAACUCUACCUCACUUCUUGCACAACAUUUCCAAGAAUACCAUGUUUAGAAUGGUUGGUUUGUUAAUUAAAAUUUCAAGAAUGCACAGGCAUAAAAGAUAUAGCAAGAUUUACCAAUGUCAGAAGCAUUCUAUGGGAUGAAUUAUUUGAUUAAAAUUUUGAUGUGCUAUCCUAGACUUUCAUGUGGAUCUAUGUAGUAUUUGCAUGUUAUUCUAAAGUAAAGGUUUAGAGGGAAAUCUUUUUACAAGACUUCGCCUACUAAAUUUUUAGUGCAAUGUCCUCAGCUUGCACUGACUUUUGCUAUGUCCCCGUGUCUGAAGGAUGAGAAAAUAAGGAAUAUAAUAGGGAUUUUAUUCCUAACACAUAUCCUACCCAUGACUCACAUGGACUAAAAUGAAUGACGUUUGGGUCUUAGCUAGUCAGUCUAUCUGGAUUCAGCCGCUGAGUUAAUAGGAAACCUCUUGAAAAGAUGGGAUUAUCUGAAAGAUGUUUUGCUUUUUCUUCAGAGCAUUGUGAUUAUUGGUUGUUUAUCUCUUGUUUACAGUCUUACCUCUUUUACUGUUUUCUUUCAUCUUGGAUCAUUCAGCUAGCAUGAACAAGGCAGUACGGAGUGCGUAUGGGCCUUGGAGUAGUGGCUGAGGGUUUUGAUCUUUUCAAUUAGAAAACGGAGACUAAGAAUGAACCUAGUGAGGGACCUACAGAGUUAUGGAGAAAGAGGACAUGUUUCUUAGCGCAUCUAUAUCUAUAUUUCUUUCUAUCUAUCUAUCUAUCUAUCUAUCUAUCUAUCUAUCUAUCUAUCUAUCUGGAAAGGGAUGAAAAGAUGUGUGUGUGUGUGUGUGUGUGUGUGUGUGUUUGUGUGUGUGUGUGUGUGUGUUUACAUGAUGUGCAAAUGAAUGGCAGGAAAUAAGGAGAAAUGAAAGUGGAAUGGAUAGGGAUUAAGAGGUGAAACACUGCAUCAGAAAGAGGAGGCUUUCCAUGUUCAUGCUUCUACAAACCAUUAUUUCAUUCUGCAGAAGCAUCAGUUGCCAGCUGUGCACAGUAGCUCCUGGUGCACCUUGGCUGGGAAACAGUAGCUCUCGGUGCAUCUUGGCUGGGAACGCAAACAGGACUUGCACCUGUGAUGCUCCCUGGCGUGGCCCGCACUCAGUCUCUGCAGCGUGUUGGAAGGUGAACACUCUCCAAGCUAUGGUGUCCUCUACUUUAAAUACUCUGUCAUUUUCUAUUUCUAUGUUGUUUUUCUCUAACAGUUAUUGCAACAGGUAUGCUAACUUAUUGCUGUUAUUUUUCUAACCCUCUUAUGAGAAAAUUCCAGAAUGUAGAUCAAGAUUCUGUGGCCUUUGCUGGGGCUUUAAGCACAAAAGUCCUUAUCUGAGAAAUUCUUGGUCAUUAGUCUAAAAUCCAUAAAUUGUUUCUUCCUCUGGUUUAAUUCUGUGUCAUAUGUGGUGGUAUAUUUUAUUCUCAUGGUCCUCUGAUUUAGUUCUGUGUCAUGUGUGCUGGUAUAUUUUAUCCUCAUGAUUAUUACUUUCUUACCUUUGCCUUCCAUGCAUUUGGAGAUCAUUUAAAAUAUUCUGUAAUUCAGGGAUUCUACUUUUUUUCUUCUCUUAACUUUUUGACAUCAUUCAUUAAUCAUCCACUCAGUAAUUUGUGUCUCCUUUGUGUGGUUUAAUAUCUGUUGUAUACCUAUACUAAGUACUUUGGGGUUCAUCAUUUGUUGAUUUCAGUGAAGCCACUUCAUUUUAAUUUUCUUAAUUACUUUCAAAAAUGUCUUCUUGGCAGAUGCUCCCCAGGAAUGUAAGCCUUAGGCAAACCUUAAAUGCUGAUACAAGAAGAUAUAUUACUAAUCUGCCCAGUGCCUCAGGAGUACACAGAGCUUACCUUUUCAUCUCCCAGAUAGGCUGAGCAGAAGGCUUGCAUGCCUCUUUGAGUCAACUGUCCAAAGUGACAGGACUCAUCUGCCUCUGUCUUAGCUUCAGUCUCACAGAAGGUCAAACUCUGACCUAUCAAACCUUUCUCCUGUCACUAAGCCACGUCGGAAAUGAGGAAAGCCAUAAACCUUGGCAGAUGCCAUGACACUUUGCCAUAGUAUCGACAGAGAGUAACACAGAUAGUGCAUCUGCAGAUAUAGGAUCUGGAGCUCACAUGCUAUCCUGUUGGUGUACAGGGCUGGGAGGGACCUAGAGACUCCGAGGACAGGCAUGCUGUGUUACUGGCAUCCCAUGCACCGGCUUUCAUUAUAUUUCAACCAGUUAUAUAUCGGAUAAAUUCCUAAUGUUUGCAUUUUUAUUGGUAUUCAGUGGAAUUAUAAAGAAUUAAAUUGCAGUUCUUACAGUUUAAUUCUUAGUUUUGAACAUCCAAGUCAUUUACUCAGAACUUCUACUAAAAGGGGCGUUGCUUCCUAUAUUAUAUAUUCCCUUAGGGAUUUCUCAUGUUACUAUUUUCUGUUACACAUCAUGGACAAUCUUUAUUGCUACAUGCUUGUUUGCCAUUGGUGUAUUGAAUUCAUACAUGGCAAAUAUUGAAUACUUAGUGUUAGCCUAUGCUUGAGUUGACGUGCCAUGUUUUCCUCUACUUUGGCUAGGACCUUAGUGUAAUUGUGUUGAACAUCGAGCCUAGUCAUAGUUGAAUGUAUACCACUGUAUGAUUUAAAAAAUUAAAAAUUUGUCUUUUAUCAUAAAAUAUGACGUGACCUAAAGAUGUGCUUUUCUCCUUUCGUACUGAGGAAUAGAGAAUAGUACUUACUGUAAAAUGCUUAGAAAACACCACCACCAAACCUUUAGACUUUCGUCCUUGUUCACACUUCUUUAGAGACUUCAAGUUAACAAGACGUGAAAAUAUUUCUUGUGUUAGGUUAAACAGAUGAAAGACUAUGGCUUGGAUGUGGUUGGAUUUUGAAUGUCUGUAAAAAUAACAGAAGAAAAUCAAAGGAGUGAACACACAGAGGCCAUAGACUCAGAGCCUAGGGAGGGGCUAACAAAACAUGCCUCUUUCUUCCCGUGGUUGGCUCUGAGUUUGUGCUAUUGUACCAGAAAAAAAAAGAACCUCAUGGAAGUUUUUGGUUUGGAAGACUAUUUGAGAUACCACCUUCUUCUCAUGUGAGAAAGUUAAAGGCGGGUAUGGCAGUGUGAGAGACGUAGAAACUAUUGCUGUAUGUUCUCCUGUAAGGAGGGGCGCUGGCCUCUUGGCAUUUGCUUUUCUUUUCACAAUCCUGAUUUCUUUGUGUACGAAUUUGGCAAGCAGUGCUGCCUUUUUUUAAAUGAUAAAAAUGAACUUUAAGCCACAGUGUCACCUCUUCCCAAUCUUUCACUAUGAGAUUCUGCCCCUCGGAGUAGGGUGGACAGUCAGGAGGGGCCAGAAAUGAUAAGGAAAACUGACACUGGCGGACACUGGAGAACUAACUGUAACUGAGACUCAUACUUUUGGUUUUGCAUGGUGAGAAGUGACAGUUUCUAGUUUCCAGGCUAUCAUCUGACAGAGGGUGGCAGACUGAUCAGGGGCAAAGCAGUCUAGGAUGGUUGCGCCAUACUUACAUCACAAAGUGCAUGCAGACAAGAGCGUCCACUGUUUAGUGGUCAGAAGGAAAACUCACUGACUGGUGUUAAUAGCUGAAAGUCUAGUGGUAUCCAUGGUGAGGUCACUUAGGCUUGGCUCUCUUUGCUCCUGUGGCCCUCACUCAGUCCUUUUAAACCUCAGCUGUACAGUGUGUACGUCACUGUAUUGGAGCUUCACGGCCUGUGUAAACCCUUUCUCAUGCAGGCUGGCCUGACAACUUCCAUUCUUUGAAUUUUUGGCUUUUUCUGUUUUAGAAAGUUGUAGUAUGAUACAACAAGUAGGGCGACAUGGACGGUCUAUUUUAUCAAAAGAAUGUAGGUUUCAAAACCAAAUCAUGGGCUUUUCAAACCUUCCUCCCUGUCCUUAGGCUGAUGAAGGAGCUCUUGUAUGUGUCCCUGCAUUGUCCGCUCUUCCUCUGUGGUAGAUGGUUCUGCGUCAGUUUGACCAUCUGGGGAUUAUGUUUGGUUUGGGUUGAUCAGUAGUGCCAUGGAACCAUGCUAAGAAGGCAGACAUGCGGCAGACACGGCUCUCUCCAAGGACUUCUCCUGUCAGCCAGGCUGAACAAGCGACUUUAAAGGUCCUUGGGCCUUUCAGGCUGUUCUUGCCAUUGAGGUUCAUGGAAGAGCAUGUUUACUUCCUGCUCAUUGAGUGUUAGUAGCAGUCAUUGGGCUGGGGACCCACAGAAGCAGUGGGCAGAUGCAGCCCUACUGUUUUUAGACUUUCCUGUGAAUCCCCUUAGCUCCCCUUCAGUGACUGGUGAGCAUGACCUGGCAGACUCAGGGUUUCCUCCUGCAAUAUUCCUACCAACCCUUUUGUUCUCUUCCUUCCCUAGCUUCCCAGCCUUUUAAGAUCUAAUCUUCCUGAUUUAGCACAUAUGCUUAUGGUGCUUCUCUUCCCCAUGUGGCUUGCGAUUCCACUUCAAGCACAGAGGGCAGACUGUUCUCUAAGCCACUAACAUGCGCCCAAGCAACCCUUACUUUCCUAUAUUUCCAAGGCUAAAUUAUUUUCUUGCCAUGUUUUAAAAUGCAUAUACUUAAAAAUACCCGUGUCUCAUAUAAGGUAGUCAUUUUCUGAGAUGUUUGAUGCCAGUGUUGUUUGUGUUUGUAAUACAAGCUUCUUGGGUGAAUCACAAAGAACUAGCUGGUGCCAAAAGACCUAGAAGGAAAAGCUUUGCUUUUAAGUGGUUUUGGCAGGGGCUUGGUUUGUUGGUAUGCAUCCUCGUACACUGAAAAGUCUGUGUUAUUUCUAAUAUAAGGUUCUCUACAGAAGUUAAAGCUAGCCCGUUUAUGAAUUCAGCCAUGUUAUAAAAAUUACCCAGCUCUGAAGCACUUUGUGGGGCCCAUACCCUGCAAAGUUACAUUCUCCUGAGCUACAUUAAUAUUUAUCUCUUGGUCCUCGUGUUUACUCAUCUUGUGUUUUAUUUUUACACUGUUGGAGAUUGAACAUAGGCCUGUUGCCUGCUCUUCAAGUGUUCUGUCACUGAGCCAUGACCUUAGCACCAGUGUCACAGACUUCUGCUAAUACAAUAUUCAUAUUUUCCUUGUGCAUGAUUUUAAGUUUAAUGUCAUUGUUUCAUGGACAUCCGAACCUGUAGGCAUUAGCAUUUUUAGAAAGUCUUUGUCAUUUUCAUCUCUGAGCUAGUUCUGGGUUUUUGUCAGUAUCUGGAUAACUACUCAUUUACACAAGACUUUGAGAAAACUCAAUUUUAAAGAUUUUUUUUUAGGUAGUAAAAGUAAGUAAUUUUUGCAUUUUGAAUUAUUUGGGUAAGAUUUUGUUUGUUGAAAUUCAUGUGCAUUGUUGAAUUUCAAAAUAGUUAUAUAUUUCAUAAGCCUUAUUGUAAUUAUGAUGAAACAUAAGACUAUGGACUAUGUCCUAUGGAUUGGAUCCAAUCACCACUUAGGAUUUGACUCUUGGUUAUGACGUAAUAGCCAAUCCUCUGGAGGACAAAGCUGACAGUGUGCCUGAGGGUAGUGGUGAUCAAUGAUGGGUCAGCUGGACAAACUUAUAUAGAGACAAUGUGGUCAAAAGUAUGCCAAAAUGGGGACAUAUGGGACCUGUGAGAGGGAUUCCAAAUGAUUGGAAUUUAUGAGAUGCCACUAAUACAUUACCUCACAAUGCUAAGUCUACCCUUCCCUGUCUUGGUGGCCUCCUUAAAGCUCCUUUGGUAGGACAUUUUAAAUUGGUAGACAGAUAGCAGGUGAAAAGGCUUCUCUUUACAAUUCUGGUAUGUAUACAUUUUUUUCCCUGCUGCACAGCUCCCACUGGUGUGAGUGCAGAGCUCAGUGGGGUUAGUUAUGCAGCAGGAUUUCACACCUCUGCUGACGUCUUGUUGUAUGUCUGCUGGUUUCUUCUGUCUACAGUUCUGUGCUGGCCAUCUGCAGUUUCCCGGGGUUGCAACAGUAGACUUUGAGGUUGGCAGUAUCCACAGGUUCCAGUCUUCUAACCCCUGGCUAUCCAGAAGGAUCCCCAGCUUGUUAGUUCCUUGUCUGUUGAUUGUGACAUGUUAGUCUUGGCUUGAUGAUGGUAAGCCAACUCUAGCCUCACCAAGCUGUUAAACUCUUCCAAUUUCUGGUAGGCUAUGGCUCUACUUUUCACUGGAACAGAGGUUGGCCUGGAGUUCAGCUCCUGCUGUGAUAAUAGGUAUUUGAUAAACACUGGUGGGGUUUAUCACUUAGAAUCCAUAUGUGCCAUGCCUUGAACAACCUUCUGAGAACAAUACAAACACCUAUUGGGUUCAGGACAGAGUUAACAUUUAUUGUAUAUUAAAUAUAACUUGCACUACGGCAGUACUGGAUUUUAAAUGAGACUCCUGACAAAAAAGAAAGAAAUUGCUGUAAAGUAUAGGCUAAGAAAUUUCAAGACAAACGCAGAAAGAAAUAGUAAGAAAACAAUAGGCCCCCAAGUUCUGUGAAUAUAUUGUGUGUGAGUAACAGUGAAUCGAAGGAUGGGAUUGUGAACUUGAAAUCAGGCUUAGUUCCAGGAGACCACAGUAGAAACUGCUGGUUGCCAUUCAACCUGGACCCAGGCCUGGAACAGCGGUGCUUCCCUUGUGGCCUCCCAUUGGAGCAGACAGGGGCCAGCAUGCAUUUAGAGAGGAAAAAUCCCCAGGAAUUUGUGGUCAUCUUUAAUUCCAAAUAGCCAUUAUGUUUUCAGAACAAGAAAUAUGUAGCAUGGCUCCCAGAGUUUCAGUUGCUCAUUUGCUGGAGUAAUUCAGUACGCUUUCAGUCAGCCUACUUCUGUCCAGGAAAGAAGCUGUCUCAUUUGCCAGAGCAUUGAGAAGGAACCAUGCAGUGCAGAAAGUAUAUAUAAAAAUAAAACCAAACUUUUCUUUUAGCUAAUCCUUUCCUUUUUGGUUUAGGUUUUUUUCUGUCUCUAGAAAAGUGUUUGUUACGUUGGUAUACCUACACCACUCUAAGAGCAAGCUUCCUCCCAGUUCACAGAACUCUAGUAGAUUUAUGAAUGAAUUAAGAUGUUUAUUUUCUGGUGAAACUUUGGUCUUUAGUGGUUUCAAUUACACUUUGCUAUUUAGCACAGCUAGGAUACAAACGGUCAAACUACUAAGAAGGUAUUGUUAUACCUUUAAGUAGUCCAAUCAGCUUUUCCUUUACAAUUAUGCAUAAAGUGGUAAGGAGUUUAAAAUAAAAUCAUCGUGAUAUAGAGAGACGAUGGUUCAGCAGCUAACACCUCCUCCUCUUCCAGAAGACCCGGGUUUGUUUCCUAGCAUUUACAUGGCAGCUCACGUCUGUAACUCCAGUUCCAGGUGAUUGAUUUUCUUUUCGGGUCUCCACAGUCACCAGGAGCAUGGCAUGGUGCCUACAUGCAAGCAAAAUUCCCAAACCAUAAUAAUACAUUGUUACAGUGUAGAAAGUAAAGGUCUUCAUGCUAUAAUGCUGGGUGAACUGGAGCCCCAAUUAUAACAAUAAGCACUGUUCACCAGUGCUUCCUUUCUUGGGUCGUUCUGGCACUUUGAUACCCUAAUUCCUUUACCAUCAGGGAUGUUAGACACCUGAAGCAAGGAGGAUGGUGGGUCCACCAUGCCCACUUCUAUUUCCAGCUCACUGACUCAAAAGAAUUAAAGCCACAGACUUGUUUCCAUAACUAUAAAAGAAUGGUUUGGAUGAGUUGAUUCCCAAAACUCUUUUGUGUUCCGACUUCAUGAUUCAGAAAAGAUCAAGGCUGUGAUUACUCAGACAGCGUGGAUGGAGACUGUAAGGACAUCCAGUUAUCAUUUUGCCAGUUUCCUGAGUAUUAUUGGUGUGAAGCAUUAAUCCAGUUGUUGACGACUGCACUGAUGUAGUGAUUCAGUUCAGGUGUGUGAGGUAGUGUGGUGGCAAAGACAAUUACUGUAUGAAUCACUGUGAGGAUGGUCUAUGUUCUGGUGGGGAAGAAAUGAUUGCUUCCAAAGAGAUUUCCUGUUUGGAGAUUAAAACAUAGCAGGAGGGCCAUUUUGGUGGCACAAUACCAUUAUUGUAUGCAAAGCUCUCAUACUAAUUUACCUUUUAGCUUAAGAAACUAAAACAUACUUAAUAAUUACUUCAGUUUACACAACAUAGCAUAUUGUUUCUUCUUUUUUUUUUCUCGACAGCGAUUAUGAAGGAGGGAAAUAAGGUGAAGAUCUAGGAUUUACACAAAUGCUAUGAAUUAACCUGUGACAAAAUCCCGUUGACAGAGAAAGAGGCACAAAUCCUCUCCACUCCCUGACAAGGCUCAUACAUAACAGAAUCUCACAGACUGCUGGCAUUUGGUGCAGACUCAAAACUAAGAUCUCAGAGUCCCGUGCCCUGUACAGUGCCUGACACUGAGUUUCUACCCUUUCUCUUAACUUUGACCCACUUCCUUUCUUGGAAACCUUCUGCUAUACACUGUCCAAUCUUUCGUUCUGAGACUCAAAAACUUGUGUAUCUGCCCCACUCAAGUCCAUGUCAAAUGUAUUUGUUAUUGAAUAAAAGGAAGAAGUCUGUGUCUGAUGUUUACAGCAGCUUGCUCGGGGCACUUGGUUACAGCUAUGGUUUGGAUGUCUGCUUCACAUGUGUUCUUACUUUGAGCAGAUUCCUAGCUCCUAUCAGGGACUAGAGAUUGAUUGGUAACAAUACAUGUGCUGUAAAAUUAUUAGGCCAGUGGAAACUGAGCUAAAAUGGCAUCCAUACCUUUCCCUCAAAAUCUCCUAUCCUUGUGAAAUUUCCACAGUCUUUGCUUGUGCGAGGGGGAAAGGGAAGUGGUUUUCUGAAUGCAUACUCUGGGGAAGGAGCAAUCACUAAGAAGCAGUUGUCUCAUCCUUAAAACGAGAAGUCAGUAGUUGUUCAGAGAGAUUGUCUGUUAGAUUGCAAAGCAAGAUAAAAGUUGAAGCUCUGUUAUCAUUCCUGAUCCAUUUCCCCAGCACAUCUCACAAUGGUAGAAUGGGUGAUUCUAGGCACAGUUGUGGUAACACAUACACAUGAGACAUUACUACUGUGGCAAGCACCUAUUGGAUAAGAUGUGGUAACCUAGGUCCUAGAUCUCCUCAGCAGCAUGUGUUUACUCACAGUUUUAUCUAUUUUUUGUCUUUCCUGUUUAAUGUUAUGAUUUAGUCCUAAAGCUAAGUGUAUUUGUGAUUUGCAUACCUCAGGGAAAGUAAGUGUUUUGGAAUAGAAGAAAUAAGAUAUGACUAUUUUCUGAUGGCUGCAGUUCAAUGAGGAAACCCAGGAAAUCUAUUAAAUGAAUGUGCUCAAUGUUUAAUGACAUUAGAGUCCUUUCAUGGGAACACACCCUUUUCUCAACCACAAUGUCCUUUAGGGUAAACAAAACUACAAAGAAAAAACUCAUAUGUCCCCACUUCUCAGACUAGCUAAAAAUUGAACUUUAUUUUUUAUUUUCUCCCAAGGUAAUUUCAAAUUUUUUUGUUAAGUUAAAAAAGAAAAGUGAAUGUCUAGAGUCUCCUUGGGUGGAGGAAGAUAGGUUUCAUCAUUGCAUGCAGAUGUUUCUACCAUGGAGCCUUAAAUGGAAUUAGGAGUGCCAGGAAGUCACGUGCACCUUCCUCCUAGUUUAAUGUAGGCUGGUCUACUCACCACAUUCCUGGUUCUGAUGUCCUGUGCGAUGCACAAAUGUCCUUUGUUUUCAACCAUGGUACAAGUCAUGUUACAUCAUGCCUAGUGUACAAAGGCAGCAUGGCAUCCUGUAGGGGGAAAAGCUGAAUUAUAUAUUGAGUUCUGUAUUGUUAAUUUCAGUUUUCACUCAUGCCUUUAUUAAUAAAGGACUUUAUUGAAGGGGUUUUCCCAAUAAAAUGUUCUUGCCAUCAAACUUUUUCAUGAAGUUAUCACUAUAUUACUAUAUAUAGAAUAUUGGUAUGUUAUUCUGUAUUUAAAGUGUAAUGUGUAGAUACUUGUGGUAAGCCAUUUCUGUGAAAAAUGAGUUGAAUUUGAUAAAUUUUAUAUAAUCAAGUUGUUUUAUAUACUAAAACCACUUUUUAGGUUUUAUCCUAAAAAUUGAUAGACAAAAAUUGCAUACAUUAAUGGUGUAUCAAUAUGUGUACACAGUGGUAUACUCAAACUAGACUAAUUAACCUAUCCAUUGCAUUAAAUUAUGUUUAUCUUUAGAUACUUUUUUAGUCUUUGAAAGUUCCAUAGCUUUAUACAAUUAGAGUUUGAUCCUAUCUAUCCUCCACCACCUCCCUCCAAGUUCCUCUAGAAGCCCUCAUCCUGUCUCUCUCCCACCAUACAUAAUGUCCUCCUUUUCUUUUCCUUACUGAUAUCCUGCUGAAUUCAGUUAGCGUUGCCUAUGUGUGUAUGAUAUGUGGGGCCAUCCAGUGAGGUGUGGGCUGCAUAGCAGUGACCAUAUCCCCCAAAGAGAGUGACUCUCCUUCCCUCAAAGCCACCAACUGCCACUAAGUCCUCCAAUAAACUCGGUGUUGAAAUCUUAACUGGCCGGUCUUGUGCAGAGAACACCAAGAGGUACUCUCUCUGGUUUACCUUCUCAUCGGAGCAUGUAUGAGGCUCCUUCCUCCCCAUAUUCCCUCAUCCCUUCCAUUACAUGUUUGAUGAUAGGGCAGCUAACUGGCGCCAAGCUAUAUCUGUGUUUUUCUUUGCAAAUGUUGUACCCCUUGAGCAUUUGUGUGUAAGCCCUCCUUUUUGGAAAAUCAUUUUGUCAGGUCCCUUUCCAUUUUUCUAUCUUUGGUUGUGAGCCUAGCCUUUAAUGACCGGGCCAUCUUUUUGACCUAUUUUUCAAGUAUGGUAUUUCUUUUCAAUUCCCUUUCCCCCUUCUACUUUUGCCUUUAGCACCUUAUCUGAUGAUUUGCAAAUGCUUUAUUCUGUCUCUGGGAUGUGGAGAGUGUCUCCUUGGCAGUGACUUCCUCUUCAGUGGGGAAGCAUUUUUGUGUGCACCCUGCUCAUCUGUUUGUGGUGUAGUUGCUUGUGGUUCUGGGAGCUCUAACCAAGAAACGGUUCAGAUCUGUAGUGUGCCAGUGAUAUGAAGCUUUCCUCUUAAUGUUUUCUACUGAUCCAAUAGUUUGAGUCAUUAUACUAAAAAUUUCAGUCUGUUUUAAAUGGAGCUUUGUAAGAACGUUGCAAAAUGAAGCACUGUUUUAAGUCUCUAUAAUGUGGGCAGCCAGUUUUCCUGGGGUUAUUUAUUGAAAAGACUGUUGACAUUUUGCGCUUAUGGCAUUGUUGUUGAAAGCCAUUGGAAGUACAUAAUUUAUUUUUAUGUUUUGUACUAUGCUCCAUUAUUCUUUGUGUCUAUUUCCAUGUCAGUCCAUGAUUUUUCUGUGAGUUACUUUAACUUUGUGGUAAUAAUAUGAAAGACUGUAGUUUGAUACCUUUUUUUUUUUUUUUUUUUGGUUCUUUUUUUCGGAGCUGGGGACCGAACCCAGGGCCUUGCGCUUCCUAGGUAAGCGCUCUACCACUGAGCUAAAUCCCCAGCCCCAAGUUUGAUACCUUUAAUUUUGUAUUCUUGUACUUAUGAUGAACUUUGGUAUUUGGUGUGCUUCAUGGUUCAUAUGACUUUAUGAUUUUCUUCCCUAUAUUUCUGUAGGAUGUCUUAACAAUAUUUUUCCAAACCAUGAAUACCUUUCCAUUUACUUGCAUGAUUGCAAAUUUCUUGCAUCCAUGUUCAAAAUUAUUUGUUUGUUUGUGUGUGUGUGUGUGUGUGUGUGUGUGUGUGUGUGUGUGUGUGUUGUAUGCCUGUGUAUACCUGAGUGUAUGUACAUAUAUCAAGUGUAGGUAGCAUAUAUCUGUGGAGGUCAGAAGAGUGUAUAGACUAUCCUGGAAUUGGAGGUAGGCAUUGUCACCAAUACAAUGAGUAUGCAGUUUAGGCCCUCUGCAAGAAAAAUAAAUGUUCUUAAAUGCUGAACAAAGUCCCCGUUCAUGUUUUAUAUUGUUCAGCAUCUUUAUCUGUUGCUCUUAGAAUUAUUUUUUUUGUUGAAAAUCAACUAUUGCCUCAUACAAUAUAUCCUGAUUAUAGUUUCUCUUCUCUCUAGUCCCUCCAGUUCCUCCCUACUGUCCACCUGCCUGGAUCCACUCAUUUUCUAUCUGUCAUUAGGAAAGGAUAAGUUUUUUUUGGAAUAGCUAUAUUAUAAAAUAUAAUAAGAUGAAGCAAAAAAAAGACCCUAUCAUAUCAAAGGUGGACAUGGCAAUCCAAUGGAAGGAAAAUAGUUUCAGAGGUAGGCAUAGGAGUUAGAGACCCACUCAUUCUCACAGUGAGGAGUCCCAUAAAAGUAUUAACCUAGGAGCAAUAAUCUAUACAAAGAGGAUCUGGUGAAGACCAGUGUAGGCCAUGUUCUUGCUGCUUUAGUCUCUGUGAGCUCACAUGCACCUUGCUUACUUGAUUCAGAGGGCCCUGUUCUCCUGGUGUUCUCCAUCCCCUCUGGCUUUUACAAUUUUCUGCCUUCUCCUCUGGUGGUUUUCUUUGUAACUCACUGCCAACUGCAGAAUCAUGCUCUACUAGUGACCCAUAUCCCAGAGACCCAGAACUACUCUCUACCAGGUACCUGAUAGCAACCACCCUUGGUUAGGUUCCAGAUUGGGACAACAGCGAUCAAAUAAUAAAACAUUCAGUCAUCAAAGAGAGUAUGUAUCAAGACUACACCAAGAAACAACUCAAAUGUCAUAACUACAGAUUCUUAGGCCCAAGCACAAAAAUAUAAACUUAAACAACCAAGAAAGUAUGCAUCCUCCAGAAGCCAGUAAUAGGUUGUGAGAAAAGCAAUUUAACUAAAGCCCAAGAUAAAGAACUCAAAAUAAUAAUUAUGAAUAUGUUCAAGAAUAUUAAAAGGGCAUGAAAAAUACAUUAAUGAAUACUGUGAAAAUUUGAACAGUUGAAUGAAAUAAUGAAAAUAAUUCAAGAUAUUAAAGUAUAAUUUAACAGAGAAUUAGAAUUAUAAAUAAAAACCAAUGUGUAAUUAGCUCAAAAUGAAAAACUUGAGAAGUCAAACAAAAAGCUCAGAACUAAUUCUCACUGACAGAUUAAAAGAUAUGGAAAAGUGAGUUUCAGGUCUUGAAGAUAAGGUAGAAGAUGUAGAUAAUUAUCAACGAAAAUAUAAAAUUUAAUAAUAAAAAAAUCAGCCACAAAUCAUCCAGGAAUCCAGGGACAUUAUGGAAAGACAAAGCUAAUGAGUAAUAGUUAUAGAGGAAGAAGAAACACAUGUCACAAUUACAGAAAUAUUUUUAAGCAAAAUUAUAAAAGAAAACUUUUUCUGUUUAAAGAAAGAUAGAAAAGCCACUAAAAAAGAAAAUAGAUAAGACCAGAAAACAAAUAACAUAUAACACAUAACAACCAAAGACUAAAAAUAUAGAACAAAGAAAAAGUAUUAAAAACUUUUAAGGGUAAAAGACCAAGUUACAUAUAUAUUAGAAUAACACCCAAAUUUUCAGUCAGAACUCAGAAAGGCAGAAGGAUCUGUAUAGAUCUUCUGGAAGCUAUGAGAGACCACAGGUUCCAGCCCAGACUAUUAUACCACAAUCAACAGAUAAAUAAAAAACAUUCUAUCAUAAAAACUAAUUUAAGCACUAGUUCAGGUCUACAAAAGACACUAUAAGGAAAAAUUCAUGUUGCAAAAUGUAUUACACCUAAAAAGAUACAGGAGUAAAACAUUCUCAGGAUAUUUUAUGAAAAAUGGGUAGGGGGCCAGUGGCCCAGACCGCAACGAAAUAAAUGGAAUUAAUGAACAAUAUUCUAUAAUAACAUUUGAUACUAAUGUUCUUAAUCCCCUAAUAAGAAAAUAUAGACUAUCAGAUUGGAUUAGAAAACAAAGUCAUUUUUAUGCUGUAUCUAAUAAACACACCGCACCAUCAAGCACAAACAUUAUCUUAGGAUGAGAGGAUGGACAAAAUGUGUUACAAGUGAAUGGAACAAAAAAGUAAACAAAUGUAGCUAUUUUAAUAUCUCAAAAAUAGGUUUCAAAUAAACACCUAAAAGAUAUGGAGCAAUACAUAUGCAUUGAAGAAACAAAAAUCAAAAAAGAGGGCUUUAUAAUUUUAAGCAUUUAUACACCAAACACAAGGGCACCUAAGUUAAUAAAAGAAAUACUAUGACAGUUAAAACAAACAAAAAAGUACAUAUUGCUUCUAACACAGUUUACCUGAUCUUGAUUUAACUUUAGUACCUGAUAUCUGUCUAGAAAAUUGUCCAUUUCAUUCAGAUUUUCCAGUUUUGUUGAGUAUAGACUUUUGUAGUAGGAUCUGAUGAUUUUUUGAAUUUCCUUAGAUUCUGUUAUUUUUAUCUCCCUUUUCAUUUCUGAUUUUGUUAUUUAGAUACUCUCUCUUGCCCUCUGGUUAUUCUGGCUGAAGGUUUAUCUAUCUUGUGAAUUUUCUUAAAUACCCAGCUCCUGGUUUUGUUGAUUCUUUGUAUAGUUCUUUCUGUUUCUACUUCGUUGACUUCAAGUCUGAGUUUGAUUAUUUCCUGCCAUCUACUCCUCUUGAGUGUAUUUGCUUUUUUUUUUUUUUUUGUUCUAGAGCUUUCAGGUAUGCUGUCAAGCUGCUAGUGUAUGUUCUCUCCAGUUUCUUUUUGGAGGCACUCAGAGCUGUGAGUUUUUCUCCAGGCACUGAUUUCAUUGUGUCGCAUAAGUUUGGGUAUGUUGUGCCUUCAUUUUCAUUAAAUUCUAAAAAGUCUUUAUUUUUUCUUGAGUAGUGCAUUGUUCAGCUUCCAUAUAUAUGUGACUUUCUGUUGUUUUUGUUGUUUUGUUGUUUUGUUGUGGCCUUAGUCCAUGAUGAUCUGAUAGCAUACAUGGGAUUAUUUCUUUCUCUCUCUCUCUCUCUCUCUCUCUCUCUCUCUCUUUUUGUAUCUGUUCAAGCCUUCUCUUUGGAGUAGGUACCACGAUGUGCUGAGAAGGUAUAUUCUUUUGUUUUAGGAUGAAAUGUUCUAUAGAUGUCUGUUAAAUCCAUUUGGUUCAUAACUUCUGUUAGUUAAACUGUGUCUCUGUUUAGUUUCUGUUUCCAUGAUCUUUCCAUUGAUGAGAGUGGGGUGUUGAAGUUUCCCACAAUUAUUGUAUGAGGUGCUAUGUGUGUUUUGAAGUUUAGUAAAGUUUCUUUUAUGAAUGUGGGUGCCUUUGCAUUUGGAACAUAGAUAUUCAGAAUUGAAAGUUCAUUUUGGUAGAUUUUUUUUGACAAGUAUAAAGUGUCCUUCCUUGUCUUUUUUGAUAACUUUUACUUGAAAGUGAAUUUUGUUCGAUAUUAGAAUGACUACUCCAGCUUGUUUCUUGGGACCAUUUGCUUGAAAAUUUCUUUCCACCCUUUCACUCUGAAGUAGUGUCUGUCUCUGUCACUGAGGUGUGUUUCCUGUAUGCAGCAGAAUGCUGGGUCCUCUUUAGGUAUCCAGUCUGUUAGUCUAUGUCUUUUUAUUGGGGAAUUGAGUCCAUUGAUGUUAAGAGAUAUUGAUGAAUAGUGAUUGUUGCUACCUGUUAUUUUUGGUGUUAGAGGUGGAAUUAUGUUCUUGUGGCCAUCUUCUUUUGGGUUUGUUGAAAGAAGAUUACUUUCUUGCUUUUUCUAGGGUGUAGUUUCCCUCCAUGUGUUGGAGUUUUUCAUCUAUUAUCCUUUGUAGGGCUGCAGUUUUGGAAAGAUAUUGUGUAAAUUUGUUUUUGUUAUGGAAUAUCUUGUCUUCCCCAUCUAUGGUAAUCGAGAGUUUUGCUGGAUACAGAAGACUUGGCUGGCAUUUGUGUUCUCUUUGGGUCUGUAUGACACUGGCCCAGGAUUUUCUAGCUUUCAUAGUCUCUGUUGAGAACUCUGGUGUAAUUCUGCCUUUCUAUGUUACUUGACUUUUUUCCCUUACUGCUUUUAAUAUUCUUUCUUUGUUUUGUACAUUUGGUGUUUUGACUAAUAUGUGACGGGGAGGAAUUUCUUUUUUGAUCCAAUCUAUUUGAAGUUCUGUAUAGGUUUCUUGUACAUUGAUGGGCUUCUCUUUCUUUAGGUUAGGGAAGUUUUCUUCUAUAAUUUUAUUGAAGAUUUUUACUGGCCCUUUAAGUUGGGAAUCUUCAAUCUCUUCUAUACCUAUUGCCCUUAUUGUGUCCUGAAUUUUCUGGGGUUUGGGUUAGGAUCUUUUUGCAUUUUCUUUGACUGUUGCGUCAGUGUUUUCCAUGGUAUCUUCUGCCCCUGAGAUUUUCUCUUCUAUCUCCUGUAUUCUGUUGGUGAUGCUUGCAUCUAUGACUCCUGGUCUCUUUCCUAGGUUUUCUAUCUCCAGCGUUGUCUCUCUUUGUGAUAUCUUUAUUGUUUCUAUUUCCAUUUUUAGAUCCUGGAUGGUUUUGUUCAAUUCCUUCAUCAUUUUGUCUGUGUUUUCCUGUAUCUCUUUAAAGGAUUUUUGUGUUUCCAAGGGCUUCUACUUGUUUAUCUGUGUUCUCCUGUAUUUCUUUAAGGGAGUUAUUUAUGUCCUUCUUAAAGUCUUCUAUCAUCAUCAUGAGAUGUGAUUUUAAAUCCAAAUCUUUUAUUUUUCUGGUGUGUUGGUGUAUCUAGUACUUUCUGUGGUGGGAGAACUGGGUUCUGAUUAUGCCAAAUAGCCUCGGUUUCUGUUGCUUAUGUUCUUGAGCUUGCUUCUCAUCAUCUGGUUAUCUCUGGUGUUAGUUGGUUUUGCUGUCUCUGACUGGAGCUUGUCCCUCCUGUGGGCCUAUGAAUCUAUGAUCUUAGGAGUGAGAGCACUCCUAGGAGACCAGCUCUCUCUGUGCAGGAUUUUGGUCUGGAGGGCUGUGGGACAGCCUUAGCUCUGGGCACAGAUGGAAGGAUCCUGUCCCAGGUGGCUCUCAAGUCCCUGUGCCCUGCAUGCUCCUGGUGGUUCCUCUUUGGACAGUUAUUGGAGUGAAAAUGGUGGUCUCACCCGUGGUCUUAGGAGUGAGAGCACCCCUGGGAGACCAGCUUUCUCUAGGCACAAUUUGGGUAUGGAGAACUGUGGUACAUCCAUAGCUCUAGGCACAGAUGGAGACAGCAUAUUCUAUUUUUUUUAAUGUAUGUGAGUAUACUCUUACUGUUUUCAGACACAUUGGAAUAGGACACUGGAUCCAAUUACACAUGCUUACGAGCCACUAUAUGGUUGCUGGUGAUUCUGCACCUCUGGAAGAGCAGUCAGUCCUCUUAACUGCUGAGUUAUCUCUCCAGCUCUAUACACUUUGAUAUUAAGAAUAAUGGCAAGUCUUUAUUUUAUUUUUUCCCUCUAACCCUCCUGUGGGUUGUGUUCUGUUGUGUAUGACUUCCAUUUCUUGCAUGCUUCUUGGAAUAUUUCUAGUGAGAAAUUCUGAUGGGUGCAUUUUCCCUCAAUUUUUGUUUCUUUGAAUCAGUAUUCACUAUUUCUGUCUAAAGAAGGGAGCAUAUUAUAGAAUGUAGAAUUCUCAUGGGUGGUGUUUUUUUUCCCUCCCCAACACUAGCUAUUACACUUAGCUCUCUCUUUGUGUUUGUAUGACUUCCGAGAAAUCAGUUUCAUAGGUCUCCUGGCUGUUUUAUGUGUCAGUAUUUACUCUCCAGUUUCUUUGAGGAUUUUAUCUCCCACCUUUAAUUUUGUAGCUUGAGUAUUCUAUGCCUAGCUAAAGAUUUUUGCUAUUUACCCCCUGGAUCUGUUUUUUACUAUCUGAUGUUAAGUUUAGGAGAUGAUAAUUGUUUCGAUUACUUUUUUGUGGUCUUAUUCUUUCUUCAUUGUGUUUGCAUUUUUGUUAUCUAUAUUAUAUGAUAAUAUAUUUGUUUGAGGCAAGGUCUUUGUGGGCCAGUGUGACCUUGAACUCCUAGUAAUUCUCCUGUGUCAACCUGUUUUAUUUUACAGAUUAAAAAUUAAUUUUAAUUUAAUUAAUUAAUUAAUUUAUUUAUUGUAGAGUAGGCCACACUUGAGUGGAGGUUAGAGCAACUUGUGGGAUUUGGUUCUCUCUCUAUCCACUGUGUGGACUCUAGGGUUUGACCUCGUGCCUGGCAUGUCAGCAGGUGCUUUUACCCUUUGAGACAUCUCUUCAUCACUAGCAGCUCUUGUAUUUGCUCUUUUAAUACACUUUUUUUUCAGACUUUGCUUUCCCCACUUCUCACUUUAACUUUCAGAUGUGUAUGUACAGCUCUCUGCAAGCUGGAGAGUGUUCAGUUAUUUCCCGUCUAUUCAAAGCACCUUGUUUCUGUUACUGCUUUCAAUUUCUAACAGUCAUAUAAGAUUUCUCUCCACUUAAUCUGUCCAUCUGUUGUUCUAUGAUGUCUGGUUUACACAUGCGAACUUUUUGUGUAUAAUCUCACAAACUUAAGUUCUGGUAAUUCUAUUGUCCUGCUUGUAUAGUUAGGUUCUUGUUCCUUCUAUUCAACUCUUCCUGCCUCCUUUCCCAUCUAUAUCUAUAUCUAUAUCUAUAUCUAUAUCUAUAUCUAUAUCUAUAUCUAUAUCUAUAUCUAUAUCUAUAUCUAUCUAUAUUUAUAUCUGUAUCUAUAUAAUUGAAAAGUGGGUAUGCUAAACUGGGUAUUUGUGGUAAAUUGGACUUUAGUAAGUUAGUGAUAAAGCGUCACUAUGGAGAAAUGUUCCAUAUUCCUGUGAUGAGAGGUGCAUUUGUCUGUCUGGCUCUGAGUUUGUAACCUAAUUCUUGUUUCUGGUUAGGAGAGGCAGGAGAGCUAGCAUGGGUUGAAGCUGGACAUCUCCUUUUCCUGUGUGGAAGGCUUGAGAUGUGUGAGCUAAGGGUUGGUUGCCAUUUUUGGCAUAAAGACAAUACUAAGAUCCCACACUACUACUCCCACUACAGCAAGAUAACCAGAGACACUGAUGGGCCACACCACUGCAAUGCUACUUUCCCCAUUAUGGUAUUUAGGCUCCUGUCAAAUUGGUUCAAUGUGCAGUUUCACAGGGAGAAAAGGGUAGUAUCUUUCGUUUGCUAUUUGGAUGGCGAUUGAGCAAUUGCUCUCAUUCUCAAGUUUAACAUUCUCCAUCUGUCGCUUUCAUCACACCUUUUGGAGAAAUGAAUUGCAUCUCUACUCAGGUUCUGUGAGUGUUGGGGACAGGUACGUAUGGAGAGUAAUGGUUUUCUGCUUGGAGCAGGAUAUACACAAAAAGAAUGUAUAAAAUGCAUCUAACAGAUAUUACUUUUCUCCUUUCCUCAGGAAUAUUGCUUUAGCUUUUAUGACCAUUCUAGAGCCUACAAAUAUAGGCUAAAGAAUUUUUUUUUAUUAACUUGAGUAUUUCUUAUAUACAUUUCGAGUGUUAUUCCCUUUCCCGGUUUCUGGGCAAACAUCCCCCUCCCCCCUCCCCUUCCUUAUGGGUGUUCCC